AUGCCAUUUCCAGAACGAUUAUCAAGCGACUGUCUAAGAAGUCCCGAGCGGAUCUGCAACGUAGACGAACACAUUGAAGGCAAAGAAGAACAACUGGAAGGACAUACAAAGGAUGAGGAAUUUGUGUCUGGAACCGAGUCUGCGGUUGAGGGUGAGAGCCAGCAUCAAACGCGAACUGGAAAGACAUGGUGCGGAGAGUGA